AUGGGCCGCUUAAGAGUCCUCUCCUUCCUCUCCUCCCGCGCAGAUGGCUCCAAGAACAAGCCAGCGACAUCAUCAGUCUCGCACUCUACGCCAGAUCUCCCCGGCACCUUGUCGCAGUCACAGCCAAAUAACAAAGCCGGAGCCUCAGAGACUGCUCCUGGCUCCAGUCCGGACCAGCAGCAGAACUCUACCCUGCCGUUCAUGAGACGGACACGCCGGCUGAGCAGGCCGAUCACCUCGCUGUGGGCUCAGAAGUUGGCACAGAGUGAUAGUGAGCACCAGAGCCAGAGCCAGGAACAGACAGCUCCCUUCCCGUCUCUGGAGGCAGAGCCUCUUCCAUGGGUCGAGUGCUUUGGGCAGCUGGUUGGGACCGUGCUUUCUAUAUGGAAUGCGGCUGCUCUGGAUACUGCUGGAGGACAGGCCAAUGCUCCCCCCAGCUUCAUCAACUUGGCUGAUGCUACUAUCAAGAUGAUGGAAACACUCCCGACUCGAGAUGAAACCAAUCAGCCUCUCCAGCAUGUCGUCAGCAUCAGCACGGCCGGAAAGAACAGAUACCUGCUUCAUUUCGACUCGCUGCACUCGCUCACCCAGUGGACGGCGGCAAUGAGACUCACCAUAUUUGAAAACUCGCUCUUGCACGAAUCAUACACCGGUGCACUGAUCGCCGGGAAAGGGAAGCAUCUAAACGGUAUCAAGAUGAUCCUCGAGAAAACCGCAUUCAAGUACGAAGAUUGGGCUAGAGUCCGGUUCGGCGCAGGCACUCCCUGGAGAAGGUGUUGGUGUGUCAUCUCGCCGCCAUCGGAGAAGGAGAUGCAGCUCUACAACCGCUCUCUGAAGAAGAAAUCGCCCUACGACCGAGCACCCACGCCGCCAAAGGGGAAUAUCAAAUUCUACGAAAGCAAGAAGAUCAGCAAAAAGGUGGCUCCUAUCGCGUCUAUUUCUGAUGCCUACUCUGCCUACGCCAUAUAUCCGCAGUCCCGGCCGCUCGUGGACCAGUCUACGCUCGUCAAAGUCGAAGGUCUAGUCACCAUCGGCGGAACUACGUCUGAGGGUUUCGUCUUCGUGCUCCCAGAAAUGCAUCAUGCCGUCUCCGGAUUCGAAACCAUGAUUCGCUGGCUAUUCCCUGCCUACGAUGCCUUCCGGAUCUACGGACGUCCUACCCGUCUGCUUGCUGAUACCGUUAGCCCAAAUAGUCUGAUGUUCGCCAUGCCCAGCAACAAGCGCAGGGCAUAUCUCGAUAUUCUGGACGUGUCUGCCCUGAUCCAUACUCAGGGAAGCGAAAACUGGACCGCCCGCGAGUGGAAGAAGCAGCUAAAGGACGCUACAUCGCGCCGCAUGACGUCGAACACCGGCAGCAGAACGAGCAGUGUCUCAGGCCACCGCAGCGGGAAACGCAGCAGUUUGCCUCCGCGCAGCGGAACCAGCGUGCGCUUUGGUAACGCGACAGUCGGGCCUCGAAAUGGUGAGCCAAGCAGUUCAUCCGACACGGUGGCCUCCAGCUCUCCAACCAAGCCUGGAAUAUCCCACAACCGGUCUGAGUCUGAGAACACCGGUCUCCCGUUCGCUCGUCGUGGCCGUCGCAGCCCGCCGUCGUUUGAAAAGAAUAUCGGAGAGGACAUCCCUGAACACCCGCCUACACCACCAAGUCAUGAGGCUGGCAUCCCUCAGAUGGAUGGGUCGUACGAGUUGGAGGGACCUGACAGCCGCAGUUCCCCUGACAGCGGCGCCUACGUGGACAACAACGGACCUAUCGACCGUUUGGAGAUUGCACAAAACCUGCAACCAAACCCGCCCCCACAAGGGAUACCAAAGUCACCUGCCUUCUCGCAUGACCCUCGGGGGACACCGCAGUUUAGACCGCAGCCGUCGCCGGAGGUUGGCCGUGCAGCUAAUCGUAUGUCGGUUGGUACGAUGGACCAGCUGAUGGACAUCAGCAAGGGGAAGGGAAAUGUACACGGGCUCGCUGUGGCUGGCGCUACGGCCGCCUGGGCCGGAGCUAUGAAUAGCAAGAAUGCGAACGAGAAUGAACACGGACAGCAGUCCAAUACCAGGGGUGUGGCGCUUAAUCGGCUGAACAGUAUUGGCGCAUCCAGCUCGAACUACUCUCAGGGUAGCCCGGUUACGCCCAGUGAUGCGGCCAGUAACGUCAACGUCAAUGUGUCGUAUACCCCUACCUCUAUUGGAGGACAGUCGCCUAUAAAACAACAGCAGGAUGAGAAUCAACUGCCAGUGCAGCAGAAGAGAAUUUCCCGCAAGCCCCUGGCGGCGGAAAUUCCCAUCGCCGAGACAGCGAGCGUGAAGACGGAGUCUACUCUGGGGAGUCUGCGUGAUAACAUUGAUAUGGAUGCGCUGGACAGAAUCAUAAGACGUCCACGAUCUCCCUCGCCGCCUCCACCGCCGCAGCAGAAGUACGCGUUUCAGCGUGAGCCUGUUAUCCUAGAUGAUGCAAGUUCCGUUGUAUCUCCAUCGUAUGCGAGCUCGCAUAGAUCGUCCGCCUCGGUCAAGUCGAUUCAGUCUAUCCAGAAGCCACGCAUGGGAAAGAUGAAGGUCGUCGGCGACGCUGCGCCAAAGACUGAAGACCUCGUCAUUGGUGAUGCGCGCUAUAAGCAUCCAUCUGUUGCGCCAAAUGAGGUGAAUCCGGAUAUACCCACGGUCGAUUUCGGGCCUACGCACACCUAUAAACCAACCACCAGACGACCCAGCACUUCUGAUACCAUGUUGCUCCUGUCUUCCUCUCACCAGCGUGACCCUUCCGUAGGCACACUCGGUGCUAGGGAGAGGAGGCUUUCUACCGGCCGUCUCCUUGAGCACCUCAACCAGGAGUCACCCUCAUCUCACUCUCCACCUCCUCCCACGACACAGGAACGCGGACGACGUCGCAGCGUCCUCUGGCAACCUGGCAUGGUCCCCGACAGCGGCCCCGUCGCCGCGGGGGCCGCCAGCAUCUCACCAGAACAAUUUGUCCAUAAUCGUGCUUCAAGGUCCCAGAUCCAUCUCCCGCUGCAAUCAACUCAAUCUACGCCUCCUCCCCGCCCAGCGUCAGGAGACUGGUCAGCCUACAUCCGCCAGCAAUCAUCUUCCACUCAGCUCCCACAACGUCCUCACUCGCGCGGUCCAAGUGUUAUGCUCGACACCCCAGCCCGUCCUUCCUCUCGUGGCGCAACGACCAUGCUCGAUGGCCCACCUCGCCCAUCCUCUCGCGGCGCCAGUGUCAUCUUAGGACCCCACGACCUUCCCCCUCGCCCGUCCUCGCGUGGCGCAAACAGGAUGCUAGCCCAGCCAGACGUCUCCGGCCAACUCUCUGCCCGCGAACAAGAACACAUCGCCCGCGUAACUGGCUCGUCGUUCCUAAACCUUAACAAUUCCCAAGCUUCCCAGGGCCCGCAGUUCGGAUCUGGUCUUGUCAGCGCCAUCGAUGCGCGUGAGCGUGAGAGGAAGGCCAUGAAAGAGGGUCCAACCCUCUACGCCCACUCUCUCUGUAUUCCCCCGGCUUACCCCCAUUUUGUUCCAUCUGUUUCUCUCUGA